AUGGCUUACAAUUCCAAGGAAGCUAGAUGGGAACAGGCUGAUCGGGUGAUGGGUGCUUUUAUGUGUCGUAAUGCUUAUUGCGAGAUUGAUAAUGUUUUGUACUCUGCUUUCUUGGGAUUUCUUAGAUGGUAUGACACUCAGGCAGCCACUUGGAGAAACUUCAUGGGUUUGCCGCAACGAUUUUUCAGACAUAGUUGUCAGCAGAUUAGAUUGGCUAAUUUCCGUGGAAAGAUAGCUGCUUUCUGGGCUCAGAAUUUUCCUUGUGAUGAUGAUGAUGAUUUCGAUGACAAGAAGAUGAUUUGGUGUGCCGUGAUUUCCCUUGAUAAACGCACUAGUUGUGAAAUUUGGGGGAUCGUUGAGUCGCUUGAUCAUGUGCUUACUGUCCCUAAAGAUUCUAAUCUAGUCAAGGCUCUUGCUGCUACUCUUUGA